UGACGAAUUUCUCUGGAACUUUUGUGCGGCAGGAAAAGCCCGAUGUUUCCUGCUUCCCUCACUCGUGAGGCGUUCAGGGCCGGCGGCCGAAAACACGCUUUCGGUCUGAAAGUCCUUUAGGAGGGGGGGCGGCGGCCGGGCGGGAGGGGGCUUUCGCCUCGCGUCUAACGGAAGAAAAGAAAGAAGAAAAAAAAAAUGUCACCUGUUCGGACAUUUUAAACGGCCGCAGUUUAAGGAAACAUCCCCGCUGGAAGUGAGCGCAGCAUCCAGAUACUGUAAAGCUCCUCCCUACUCCAGCUCAUUUUUCCCUCCUCCGGGCUCUGCCGGAGAGACUUUUCCCUUCAAACACGUGAUCCGUGUUUAGAUUUUAAAGCAGAGUCCCAGCAUGGCGAUUGGCCGCUUGCACACUUGAAGCCGUACCCGGGGGAGCUCAUUACUUUAAGACUCGGUGCCUCUGAACGCUGACAGACACCUCCCCCCCCCUCCAAGAUGGAGGAGCAGUCCAGCUUCCCCAAUGUCAGCAUACCCUGCCACAAUGAGCAGAGGGACAAGAAGAAGCGUUACACAGUUUACAAGGUGAUGGUGUCCGUUGGACGACACGAGUGGUUCGUCUUCAGGCGAUACGCAGAGUUCGAUAAACUCUAUAACACAUUAAGAAAACAGUUUCCAACUAUGAACUUGAAAAUUCCAGCAAAACGGAUAUUCGGGGACAAUUUUGACCCGGAAUUCAUCAAGCAACGAAGAGCGGGGCUACACGAGUUCAUUAAGAAGAUCGUCUCAAAUCCUCAGCUUUCCAGCCAUCCAGAUGUGAGGAGUUUUCUUCUAAUGGAGAAGGCUCACCAACUUUCAGAUGCCUCUGAGGAUGAGGACGAUAAAAACAGCUCUACCUCCAGAAACAUUAACCUGGGACCCUCUGGAAAUCCACAGGCAAAGCCAACAGACUUUGACUUUUUAAGAGUUAUAGGAAAGGGGAGUUUUGGAAAGGUUUUCCUCGCCAAACGAAAACACGACGGAAAGUAUUACGCAGUCAAAGUCUUACAGAAAAAAGUCAUCCUCAACAGAAAAGAGCAAAAACACAUCAUGGCCGAGCGCAACGUGCUGCUGAAGAAUGUGAAACACCCCUUUCUGGUCGGGCUUCACUAUUCCUUUCAGACCACAGACAAGUUGUACUUCGUCUUGGAUUUCGUCAACGGAGGAGAACUUUUCUUUCACCUCCAAAGAGAGCGGACCUUUCCGGAGUCCAGAGCCAAGUUCUACAUUGCUGAAAUGGCAAGUGCGCUCGGAUAUCUGCACUCUCUCAACAUUGUUUACAGAGACCUAAAGCCAGAAAAUAUCCUGCUUGACAAUGAGGGACACAUCGUGCUGACCGACUUUGGAUUGUGCAAGGAGGGCAUUUCCCAGACGGAUACCACCUCCACGUUUUGUGGAACUCCUGAGUAUUUGGCUCCAGAAGUCCUGAGGAAGCAGCCGUACGAUAACACCGUGGACUGGUGGUGUCUGGGAUCUGUGCUGUAUGAAAUGCUCUUCGGCUUGCCGCCAUUUUACAGCAGAGACACACAUGAGAUGUAUGACAACAUUCUCCACAAACCUCUAGCAAUGCGUGCCGGAGCCUCCAGCAUAGCCUGGUCUCUCCUUCAGGGUCUGCUGGAGAAAGAUCGCAGACACAGACUGGGCUCCAGAGACGACUUUAAUGAGAUCAAAACCCACAGUUUCUUCUUAUCCAUCAACUGGGAUGAUCUUGAGCAGAAGAAGAUUCCUGCCCCAUUUAAACCUGUUGUGAGCUCAUCGUGUGACAUCGCAAACUUUGACCCCGAGUUCACAGAGGAGACGGUUCCCAACUCCAUCUGCUGGACAACAGAGCAGUCCGUCGUCAACGCCAGCGUUAUGGAGGCCGACGAUGCCUUUCUGGGCUUCUCAUACGCCCCGCCUUCUGACGACUCAUUCCAAUAAAUCGCCCCCAUUGGGGGGUGGAGGGGGUCCUCUUUUGCCUUAACCAUUGUAACAUAUUUGUGACUAAAGGGAAAAAGUUUAAAACAAAGGGGUUUAUUUGUUCUGUGAAGCCAAAGCAAGCGACGGAGAAUGACCGGCACUUAAAACAGAUUUUGAUUGGAAGAAAGUCUUUAUAUUUUACCUGUUGUGUAUUUAUAUAAAUAUGUAUAACAGAUGCUAUAUUUUAGAAGUAAGCUAAUGUGCUCGCUGGUAAUGUGAUUUCAGGUCUAUUUUUUUUCUUCUAAAAAUGAGCCUUAAAAUCAUCCCUGGAAAAAAAAAAAAUCAAGAAGCAGGCGUUUGAAAACUUGAACAGUUCACUGUGCUCACAAAGACACCAUUUUAACUGGUAGACGCUGUCGUGUUUGUCCAUGUUCUUAUCGUUAAAAAAAAAAUAGACACGUUUGUUUGUAGGUUCUUCUUGGAAACCAGGGGAUUAAGCAUCUUGGACCAUAGGUCCUACUAGUUCAGUUGCCUAACAGUCUCGUUUUUUCUUUUAUACCGGAAUAUUAUUUUUCAUAUUAUUUGCUUCAACACGUUGGUUCAUAUUAAUUAAAGAUUCACAAUGCUUGCCUUCAACUCGCCUGUAUUUCUGCUGUAAUGAUUAAAAAAAAAGAGACAAAGGCA